GGGGCGAUCUAUUAAUACUUGUAUAAGGUCUUUCCUGCAUUUCAACUUUUGGUGCCGGUUCAGUAGUCUCUACUUACAUUGAUCGUAGUUAUGACUCACGAUUUGAAAUAUGCAAUCGUUAUCAAGCGUUAACGAAGUACUAUUUUAAAAUGUUUACUGUAGCUCAUAUGACAGUUAACAGCACCAGUCAUUGAUUGUGCCACAUGAUUUUAUGUAAAUGUACGAAAAACAAUAGAUUGUGGCUAAGCUAUUUGCAAAAAGCAUGUGUUUGUGCAGCGCGGUGUCGCGGUGAACCUAGGCGGCGUUCUCACUCGGGUCUGGUUCGUUUCGUUUGAAGCAAUGUAUUAAUUUUUUUUUCUGUUCACACAUGUGAGCAUAGUUUAGAUGAAAGGUCUUGGAAGUUGUGAAAAAAGGGUGUUCUGAUGAGACAUUUUGAAAGUAAUUUUUUUACUUUUUAAUAACCUGUAUAGUUUAUGCUUAAAGUAAAGAGUGAUAAUACAACCAGGCGGGAGCAAUGAACUCUUUGCUUGAAGAAUCUGAUGGAAAUGCUUCAUGCUCGUUUUUGACGUCCGAGACCAGCAGCCCUGACUCCCUGAACAAGGGCUAUUUGUUCGAUUCCUCCGGUAACAGCAGUUUUGAUGAUGCAGAUUAUGUUAUUCCUGAAACACCAAGCCCAGUUUUCUCUAAAAUGAGUAAGAGGCACAAUGAAUUAAAGCCAUCCUGCAGUAGAAAUCUCAUCAAUGAAGGAAAAUGCAAGAAUGGACUGAGUAAAGCAGUUGAUUUAAAGGAAGAUGAAGGUGCACUGCCCAAUACUCCCUCCCUUCAGAAACCAAAACGACAGAGGCUCUGUCCAGUUGAUGCAUUGCAGUUGUCCAGCAAGAAGGACAGUAAAGAGGCGAGCUGCAGGAGGAGGUCCUGUGGAAAAGCUGCACUGCACAAUGGAUUCAUGCCUGGCUCCCGCUUGUUGGACACAGGAGAGUCUACCUCUAACCAUCACUGGCCAAACAUGUUCCCUGGCGCGCUUGGCAUGCCGUUUUCCUCUGAAACGUUCCGGGUGACAGGAGAGAAAAUAUCUGCUGCUUCAUUACUUUUGAAGGAAGGUUCGGGCCAACCCAGGUGCACCAGGAGCAAAGGGGAAUCUGAUGCAAAGAGUCGCCAAAGAGGAAGCAAGGGGAAGUCACAUUCUAAAUCCAGAUCAAAGACUGUUCAAGCUUCCCCUAUGGCUCUGCAGGGCUUGAGUUCUCCAACUCUAGAUCUUGCAGCAGAUCCUGUUAAUGGUGGUUCUAACAGUAGCUCUCCUAGUUUAGCCCCCCGCUCUGUAUUGGAAAUAGCAAAUUCUGAAUGGAUUGAUGUGUUGGAAAGGCCAGCCAAUCUGUCAUGGGGACAGAAUUCCGCCUCCCAGAGGAGCAAGCCCCCACUGCUGGUGAUUAACGAUGAGGCAGAAAUAUUAAUCAGCGAUGAUGAAACAGGCAAUGAAGCUGUGGUUCGAAAUGCUCAGAUGGAAGAAGAUGAAGCCUUCGCUCGAUGCCUCCAGGCACAGUUUGACAGUGAAGAACAACAGCCUGCAGUUGGGCAAGGUCCAUCUAUGAGGCCCAGAGCACCCACGUUCGGGGUCAGUGAUUCAACAGGGUUCUGCGGUAUUCCAGGCUGUUAUGCACUUGCUUCCAGUCAUGUAGGUUAUUGUAGGAGAUUUGGGUGUAGUGAAAACUCCAUGACAGAGGGGAUUCCUAAUCAUUUGGAACAUUGUCUCAUGUUUGCUCACCAAGCCACAGGAUACAACAGGCCUACCCGUUCUCGUGGAAAUGGAAGAUCCAGGCGCUCAAGGCAAAGGCAGCACAUUCAAGAUCUGCUUGAUGAGAGUCAGGGGGACAAUUAUGAGGCACUUCUAGCUUUUGAGGAGAGUCAGGGUACAGCCUUGGGGAAGAAGACUCUUAGCAAGGGAGAGAUCAACCGCUUACCUACAAAACUGUUCAACCCUGCCUAUGCUGCUGGAAAGACUGACUGUCAGAUCUGCUUCUGCAGCUACACGGAAGGAGAGCAGCUAAGGUUGCUGCCUUGUCUUCAUGAUUACCAUGUGCCAUGCAUUGAUCGCUGGUUACAGGAAAAUGCAACUUGUCCCAUCUGCAGAGUGGAUGUUACCACAGAUGAAAACCUCAUUGGAAUGUGAAAUGUGAAUGUGAAAACUUCAUUGGAAAGUCAGGAGCCAUUCUCUGCAAUCUGGGUUGAUUCGAUACCUUAACUACUUUAACCUCAGGAUAUAUUGAUAGUGCUUUAACCAGCUAAUGCCUCCUUAUCAGAACAAUGGAUUGAGGAAGCCAAAGGUAUCAUAUGACCAUUGAAUGUUUUUGUUUUAAUUGUAACUUUUAAGUCAAAGAUACAAAAGGAGCUUUAAUGUCAGUUAUCAGCCUUAAAGCUUCAAGUUGGUAAAUCACUUUGCCCAACAUGGUUCUUGUAUCUGAAAUGUUUUUAUUCUGUAGUGUUAAAUGUUUGGUCAUUUUGGGGGCCCUUUGUUUUAUUUAUUUUAACACUUUUACUACUUGUUUUACCACCUGUUUGGUGAUGCUUUUGCACCACAAGCAUCACUGGUACAUAUGGCCAUUUUUUUAAAUAAACUAUUUGGCAACAAAAAAGUGUUUUGUCCUUAAGUGUUAAUUGUUUUGUAUCAUGAAAGACAUUUUUUAUAAAAUAUAAAAAGUGUGUUUUUAUUUAAUAUCUGAAAUCUCAUGAGUUGUUUCUUGGUGAUUUUGAAUAUUAUCUUUUAAACAUAUAUAUAUAUAUAUA